CUUCCCUGCCAAUGCUAACGAGAAAUAUUGUCAGAAAAACCGCCGGAAACAGAGCGGCAAAAGUGAAGAGAAGAACCAAAAGCCCAUCCCAAAUCACCAUUGCUUUCGCCCAUCUUUUCCUUCUCUACAAUGCUCGCCCGCCAUUGUUACACCGACUGAGCUUCACAGAGUGAGUGAGAGAUAUAGAGAGAUAAUCCUCGCGUCUUCUUGAUCGUUUCUGUUUUUAGAGAUUGAGAUAUGCCGAAGCCGCGGCGAAGAGCCUUUUCGGUCAUGAGGAAGCUUCUAACAUGCACUAUUUGCUCAAUGGCCCUAGUUGCUGUGUUGUCCGUUCCCGUCCAGGUUUUUCCUUCAUCCAGAGACGUUCCGAUCUUCUCUCGAUCUUAUAAACUCCCUGAGCAACUUGGAUUGAAGUUUCAGAGACCGGUUACAAAGCAAAGCUUGACACAAGAGCUUUCACCACUUCGUUGGUCCAAAGCUCCUCGUCUUUUCCACAAGUUGGCUUGUGGCAGCCAGACCUCUGCUUUGGAUGAUCUUUGGACUCCUCCUUCGAGUCGUAAUUUCUUUCCCUGCACUAAGCCUAGUCUUAAUUACUCAUCUCCUGGAAAGACAAGAGGUUUCCUUCUGGUUCAUACAAAUGGAGGGCUUAAUCAAAUGCGCGCUGGGAUAUGUGACAUGGUUGCAAUAGCACGUAUAAUUAAUGCAACCCUCGUGAUUCCUGAUCUUGACAAGCAUUCAUUUUGGAACGACUCUAGCAACUUCUCAGAUAUUUUUGAUGAAGAUCAUUUUAUUAAUGCUCUUUCCAAUGAUGUAAAAGUCAUUAAGAAGCUUCCUAAGGAGUUUGCUACCAUUCCAAGAGCAGUUAAGCAUUUUAGAAGCUGGUCUGGUAUUGAUUACUACCGAGAUGAGAUAGCUAGCAUGUGGAAAGAUCAUCGGGUUAUUCGAGCUGCAAAAUCAGAUUCUCGCUUAGCAAAUAACAACCUUCCUGCUGACAUACAAAAGUUGCGAUGUCAUGCUUGUUAUGAAGCCUUGCGGUUUUCACCUAAAAUUGAAGCUAUGGGAAAGCUUUUGGUGGACCGUAUGAGGUCUUAUGGUCCUUACAUUGCAUUGCAUUUACGGUAUGAGAAGGAUAUGCUAUCAUUCAGUGGAUGCACACACGAUCUGUCUCCUGCCGAAGCUGAAGAGCUAAAGAUGAUUAGGGAGAACACAUCUUACUGGAAAGUAAAAAACAUUGAUCCCAAGGAACAAAGAGCCAAGGGGCACUGCCCCCUUACUCCAAAAGAGGUCGGAAUUUUUCUAAACGCUCUUGGAUACCCAUCAAAUACUCCUAUAUACGUUGCUGCAGGUGAUAUAUAUGGGGGUGAAUCACACAUGUCUGAUCUCCAACUGCGAUAUCCCUUGUUAAUGAGGAAGGAAACUUUGGCAUCUUCUAAAGAGCUUGAACCUUUUGUUCAUCAUGCAUCUCAAAUGGCUGCUCUGGAUUACAUUGUAUCUGUUGAAAGUGAUGUAUUUAUAUCCUCAUAUUCUGGAAACAUGGCCAGGGCAGUUGAAGGUCACCGCCGUUUCCUUGGACAUAGGAGGACAAUAUCACCAGACAGGAAAUCCCUUGUUCGUCUGUUUGACAAGCUUGAAAAAGGAACCAUGCAAGAGGGGAAUAACUUAGCCAGCCGAAUUAUUGAAUUGCAUAAAAGGAGGCAAGGAUCUGCAAGGAAGAGAAAAGGCCCCAUUUCAGGAACUAGAGGAAUGGAUAGGUUUCGUUCAGAAGAAUCUUUUUAUGUUAAUCCUUUGCCUGACUGUUUAUGUCAGAGAGAACAACCAAAUUCACAAGCUUCAUCUUUCAUUCGUCGAUAAAAGAAAAAAGGUACAUAUAAAUGUCAAAUUUAACCGAGGAAAUUUGUGACAUGAAGAAGGCUUUUGGUAUGAAUGUGAAGGCAUUGAUGAAGAUAUAGAGUUUGUAUAUCGGAAGCUAACAUCGGCUAAAUUAGCUCUUGCUGAGGCUACCAGUUACCUUUACGUUUUCCUUCUUGUGCUUCAUGAAAAACUAUGCAACCUUCUUGUUGCCUUUUAAUUUAUAUAAAUAUUGGUUGUUCAUAUGAUAUAAUCAAUUAAGUUAGAUGAGUUUUGCUUCUUUUAUCUGAGCAUGGUUCGGUUUAGAAGAGCGUGCUAUACAAACCCUCAACCUUGAAGGUGCCUCUUGAUUUGUAAUAUGAUAUUUUCUUAAUGGCGAUUUUUCGUUUAUAUUU